AUGAGUGAAGUCCACACUGUUGCCGCAAGUGUUGGUGGAAGCUUCCUGGUACUUGGCUGCGCCGACGGUCUCAAGGCGUACCGCCUUAGUGCGACGGAGCCGAUACAAAAAUUAAUUCCAAGUGCUGAAGACGCAUCGGCCUUGCGUGGCUGCCGCGCGGUGGGAGGAUCCGUCGGGGUUGUCGCUGUGCUUGGCACCACGCCUCUAAUUGCCUUUGCACUCGACAGCGGCACGACGGCGUCAAGAACAACUGCUGCUGCUGCUGCCGCAGCCACGAGUACAGCGGAGAUGGGGGCGGAGGGAAUAGCGACGUGUGGGGUCUCCGCGUCCACUGCGCGUGUUCUCUGUCUGUACGACGCGUUGGCACGGCAGCCGAUCGCUGAGUUGCACUUUGACACGGCGGUGGUUGGAGUGCGGCUAAACAGCAAGCGACUUAUUGUCGCCUUGGCAGAGUUUGUGCACGUCUUCGACCUGAAGACACUUCGGCACCUCGCGGAGCUGCGCACGACGUCGCCGCGCAACCCCGACGGGCUGCUGGUGCUGUCGGACCCCACGACGAACCCCCGCGGCGACGCCGUCAGUUAUUUCGCGUUCCCGCAGUCCGACAGUGGCCUCGGCGACGUGUGGGUCGCGCACGUCACCGAAGAGCAGAUGGACCACGAUGGGCAGGGCGGCAGCACGCCGGACACGUUCAGCUGCAACCGGUGCGGUGUAGUGGAGCGGAUGGCGAUCGUGAAGGCACACAACUGCGCCGUCGUGUGUCUCGCCAUGACACGCGACGGCACGCGACUCGCCACCGCCUCCGUGCGAGGCACAACGGUGAAAGUCUUUGAACCCGCGACUGCGCGGCUGUUGUAUGUUUUCCGCCGCGGCCUGACGCCGGCGCGGAUGCUGGCACUCUCCUUUGACGCAUCGACAGACUUGUCGGGGCUGCAGCUCGCCGCGCUGAGCAGCCGAGGCACGCUGCACAUUUUUCGUUGUACAUCCAGCGGCGGCGAUGAGUUGAUCGCGCCGUAUCCUGGCACUGAGACGCGCAGCUUUGCGCAGGCCACCGUCAGCAAGUCUUCAGAAACAGCGUCAACGGCACCCAAUUUGUGUGUGGAGAGCAAAAAGGGACGCGGGGGGAGGUACUGCUUCUUCUCGGAGAAUGGGCGGCUUGUGUGGGUCGUGCUCCCCGCAAGGAAGACCGUGUUGAGCGAUGACGCCUCACUGCGGGAUGGUCCAGGUGAUGAUGCCGCUUCCUCGAGUGAGGGGAAGGCUGGCAACGGCCCAUGCUGGGUGCUGCAUGAGUACGCCAUCCACAUGAAUGGCUGUGAGUUGAUGAAGCGGCACGAGCUCAACUGA